UGAUAGACACCACUCUGAACUUUCUCUUCCCCACUAAACUAUCCAGACUCACUCUCCCUAGUUCCUCCCUAUUACUCUCACUGCAAUCAUUUUUCUUCCCUUCUAUUCUUCUUUGUCGUGUUCCCGUGCAGAGGAUGGCAAGAGAAGAAGGCCACGCAAUCGGGAUCGACCUGGGGACAACCUACUCGUGUGUGGCGGUGUGGCAGAAUGAUCAUGUAGAAAUCAUAGUGAACGAUCAGGGUAACAGGACGACUCCAUCUCACGUUGCCUUCACUGAUGCCGAAAUACUGGUUGGUGAAGCAGUAAUUAACCAGGCUAUUAGAAACACCAGCAACUCCAUUUUUGAUGCGAAGAGGUUAAUUGGCAGGAGAUUCAGUGAUGCCUCUGUUCAAAGUGAUAUGAAACUGUGGCCAUUUAAGGUAAUUGAAGGUUCCGGAGAUAAGCCUAUGAUUGUGGUUACUCAAAAAGGCAAAGAGAAGCAGUUUUCUGCCAAAGAGAUCUCAUCCAUGGUUCUGGCAAAGAUGCGAGAGAUUGCUGAAGACUACCUUGGAUCAACUGUGACAAAUGCUGUUAUUACAGUUCCUGCUUAUUUCAAUAAUUCGCAGCGUGAGGCUACAAAAAGUGCAGGUAUUAGUGCUGGCCUGAAGGUGAUGCGUAUCAUCAACGAACCAAAUGCUGCAGCAAUUGCUUAUGGGCUUGACAAGAAGGCGGGUUGGUAUGGCAAGAGAAAUGUGAUGAUAUUUGAUUUUGGUGGUGGUACUUUAGACAUGUCACUAGUUACCAUUGGUGAUGGUGUCUUUGAAGUGAAGGCCACGGCUGGAGACACUCACCUAGGAGGUGAAGACUUGGAUAACAAAAUGGUUAAUUAUUGCGUUGAGCACUUCAUGAGGAAGCAUAAGUUGGACAUGAGUGGAAACUUCAAAGCUCUUAGAAGGUUAAAAAGUGAAUGUGAGAAGGCAAAGAGGAGACUUUCAUUUAUGACGACUACAGACAUUGAAAUUGAUUGUUUGCAUCAAGGUAUCGAUUUCCAUAUAACCAUUACCCGUGCCAAAUUUGAACAGCUCAACAGUGAUUUAUUCGACAAGUGCAUGGAACCUGUGCAUAAGUGUUUGAUGGAUGCUAAAAUGGAUGUAGGCAGAGUCCAUGAUGUUGUACUCACUGGUGGCUCAUCUAGAAUCCCCAAGGUGCAGCAACUAUUACAGAAUGUGUUCAAGGGAAAGAAACUAUGCAAGACCAUCAAUCCGGAUGAGGCUAUAGCAUAUGGUGCAGCCGUUCAAGCAGCCGUCUUGAGUGGUGGGGAUCUAAUUGGGAAGAUUCAAAACUUUGCUCUCUUGGAUGUCACCCCUCUGUCACUUGGUGUGGCGAUUGGGAUUGAUAAGCGCAUGUCAGUUAUUAUUCCUAGAAAUACAAGAAUUCCUGUGAGGAUCAAGCAAGAUUCUUACACUACUAUCUAUGAUUUCCAAACUGAAGGAACAGUAGCCAUUUUUGAGGGUGAGAGCACUGCAGUCGUAGAUAAUAACUUGUUGGGUAAAUUUAUUCUGGAUGGCAUACCUCCAGCUCCUGCUGGUGUUCCUAAAAUCACUAUUUGCUUUGCUAUUGAUGACAAUGGUAUCCUAACUGUCUCUGCAGAAGACAAGUCUACCGGUCGAGAGAAAAGGAUUUCGAUCAACUGUGACAGAAAAAAUUGCGAUGGAAUUGAGAUCAUGUAGGAAAUGAUAAAACUACAGCAAAACGAGGCUAAAGUUGAGGUUUAUCCAUGUUUCAAAUUUGUAUGGGGAUGUUUUAUAUGCACUUAUGUUUACAUUCAAUGGUGAAUCGUAGUUUAAAAUCUUUGCAAAA